GCGCAUUUAUAUAUUGGAAUGUCAUCUGUGACUUCUAAUGACAAUUGUGCAGAGUUUUCUCUUACUGCCAGUAUGUACAAGGUACUGGUAUCGUAUAUACUCUUUACACUUUCUUCUAUAUACUGUUCUCGAUCGUCGAUUCUAUAGCUGUGGCCGGUUGGAUGAUUCAUCUGUUCCUGCACAUAAUCAUGAAAGCUACAAACAUAAGGUAGGCUUGCCACUUUUCGCAUGUAGUCAGAUUCCGGAGUUAGUUUAGUCAGUUUGUAAGGAGUUUGAGGACAGUGCGUGGUCUACGCCAAGCCGUGGGUUCGAGAUUCUGACUUCUGCAGCUGCAAACUUUGUGCAGUCUGAACAAUCCGAACCGCUGAAUGAAAUCACUCCUAAAAUGUACUAAAUUGCUACUUCUUCGAUUCACAAGAUGGACGAUACUCGAGGUGGUGCAACUGGAGAAUUGCCUGUUCACUCAACAACUUCAUACCCAGGAAAUUGAAAUAUGUCGCAAAACCGAAAAUUAGAUUUGCGCUCCCUAACCUGACUUUCUCCUCUAAAACCAGACUCUGUUCUCAGAUUUCUUCAAAAAAAUCUCGCUAGAAUAAGAAGUUGGGGUAAUUUGUGAUAUCCUCUUCGUCGUCCGCAUAAUCACACAUGCCAGAGGUGCACAGGGCCUCUCAUCUAUAACACCUGGUUGCACCUGAAAUUACAACACUUCCCACUUCUCGUCUUGUAGUUGUUGGCAGGCUUGCGCUGUCCAUGCUGCGGUAGAGAAUACAUCAGCCCAAGUAGUUUGCCAGAGUCGGCCUUCUCACAACGCUGACCUGUGCAAUCUUUUCUAUCUGUCUCCCAGAGCUGAUUAGAGGCAUUUGGCAUUUGAUAGCGACUUCAGAAUCAUUUCCAGGACUAUCUUUAAUUCCGUGGGAUCCACAUGAUUCUGUACGCCUGGAGUUUGUUAGCUGCAGAUGA